AUGAUAGUGCUUGCAGUGGUAGGGUUGUCUAGCUGCGCUAAGCUAGACAAGACCUACCUGCCUCCAAACGCUCAGACCUCCGGUGGUUCUGACAACUUCCUGCAAACUCCGAACUUCUCUGGACCUUCUGCCUACCAAGGGGCAGCUGAUAACAACAACUAUGCUCAACAAGGAAAUGGCUUCAGCCAAAACAGUUUCGCCCCAAGACCCAACGGAGCUCCUACCAACGAGUAUUCUGGAAACGGGAAUGGAUUUUCCGCCAGUCCUAACAGCUUCGCUGCUGCUGGAAACAACUUCGGCCAGGAUGGAAACGAAUACGCCUCAGUAGACAACAGCAACUAUGCGCAAAACGGAAACGGUUUUGGUCAGAAUGCUUUCAACGCUGAUGCCUCAGGAUUCGCCCCCUCAAGGCCAGAGCGCCCCAGGGCAGCCCUGGACAGAAACGCCGCGAUCCUCCGUCAAGACAUGCAGAAUGAUGGUGACAACUUUGCAUACUCUUUCGAGACUGACAAUGGGAUUUAUGCUGAAGAGAGCGGGGUCGCUACGAACGGAGUGCAGGCUCAGGGCGCUUACUCGUACACCGGCGAUGAUGGCCAGGUCUACAGCAUCAGAUACACAGCCGAUGAGAACGGCUUCGUGGCUCAGGGCGAGCACCUGCCGACCGCGCCGCCGGUGCCCGAGGAGAUCCUGAAGGCUCUCGAGCAGAACGCACGCGACGAGGCCGCCGGCAUCUUCGAUGACGGCUCUUACCAGGAAGGUAAAUACGCUAACAGCGAAGACACCAACCAACAAUUCAACAACAAUGGAAACGGAAACAAUGGCAAACUUAACUACGAAAACGGAAACGAAAACUUCGGAAACGGAAACAACAACUUAGCUAAUGGAAACCAGAACUACGGCAACGGGAACUUCGCUCCUAGUGGAAACCAAAACAUAGCUGGAAACUACAACUCUGACAGUGAUGACACCGUUGUGACGAACUCAGCUACUGCUUACUUACCUCCGCUUGAACGCCAAACGGCACAAGUACGAAACCAACAGCCAUCGUUUGCCAACCAGCAGCCAUCUUUUGCCAGGCAACAGCCAUCUUCAGCCAACCAGCAGUCAUCGUUCGCCAACCAACAACCAUCAUUCGCCAACCAACAGCCUUCGUUCGCCAAUCAGCAGCCAUCCUUCGCCAACCAACAGCCAUCCUUUGCCAACCAGCAGCCAUCGUUCGCCAACCAGCAGCCAUCGUUCGCCAACCAGAAAUCAGCUGUAAAUGGAGUCACUAAUGCCUACCUACCGCCCAGGGACCAGCCAAGAGGCGCUGCCAGAUUCUCCGCCCAAGGAACCCAGCAGAGACCAACUAACUUUGGUCAGCGAAUGAACGGACCUAGAAGACCGUCGUUCAACGCAAGAGACGGCUACCAAUAUUGAGUGAAUACUGAAAUGAUGUUGUAAAUACUGAAUGGCUUGAAUGAUGUUUUGUAAAUAAAAAGUCAAUUUAUUUAAUCUUUAU